CUUCUAUCUUUCUUUCCCUGUCACCAUUCCCAACCAUGACAAGAAAGAAAGUGAGCCUUGCCUAUAUUGAAAAUGAAUCCGCAAGGAAAUCAACUUUCAAGAAAAGGAAGAAGGGCAUAAUGAAGAAGGUGAAUGAGCUAAGCACCUUGUGUGGGGUUGAUGCGUGUGCCAUCAUUUUCAGUCCUUACGAUGCUGAACCAGAAGUUUGGCCUUCUCAUUUGGGGGCCCAACGCAUCAUCUCGAGGUUCAGGAGGAUGCCUGAGUUAGAGCAAAGCAGAAGAAUGGAGAAUCAAGAAAGUUACACUAGGCAAAGGCUCACCAAGGCAGAGGAACAACUGAGGAAGCAACACAAGGACAAUCGACACAAGGAGAUGACUCAUCUCAUGUUCCAAUGCUUGAUUGGCGAAGGGUUGCAGUAUUUGAACAUGGUCGAUUUGCAUGACUUGGGUGUCUUGUUGAACCAAACCAUGAGGGAUGUUGAUGGUAGACUUGAGUUGCUUACCGAAGCAGUUCUUCCUCAAGAAAUGGCGAUGUUGAAUGCAAUGGCAAGAGGAGAGAAUAGCUUCAAUGCUCAGAUGCCUUCAGGGAUGGCCAUGCCUACCAUGCAGAAUCAACAACCGAUUAGGAGUUUGCUAAGGUCAAAUGUGCACCCAGGGUUGGAUGGGAAUGUGGCAUACACUUUCCCUUUACAAUGGUCUAGGGGCUAGUUUCAUUUAUCCUUGAAAACUAGCAUGUUAUGGUCAUUUGUGUUUCAGAUUUAGCACUUCAUUGUGUCAGCUUUUUUUUUCUCUUCGUCUUUCUAGUUUGUUGUUUUUGUCAUUGCACAAUGUUACUUAUG